AUGGCUUCGUCCGCAGAGUCGCCGCCGCCUCCGCCCGUGAGGCCGUCGUUGCAUGUCCAGAUGCCGUCAUACUCCGAACCGAGCCCCGAGACCGACGACGUGAUCAAAUCCAAAGUUGACCCCGAUCAUCUAGCCCCCGAAACCGCGCCGCUAAGCCCGCGCGACUCGAGGGAGGCCGCGAAUAGGCUACACGAUGAUCUAGAACUUCUUCGUGCUGAGCGCGUUGUGUCGACACAGGAGCGCGACUCAAACCGGCCCAGGUCAAAGACAAGGAGCCAUCGGGAAGGGGUCGAGGAUGCCUUCAACACAACCACAGCCCCGACGGUCGUUGCCGCCCCCGUGGCCGCGAAGGCAACCUGGCUCACCAAGCUGUGGCGAUGGCUCAAAAAGUUUCCCCGUGUCCUACGCUACAUCCUCUACGCCAUCCCCCCUGCCAUCAUAAUCCUCGUUCCUGUUUUUCUCGACUUAUUCGCCUAUGAUCGCAAGGGUGAUCCGGUCGGGGGACCUGGUGGUGUCCAGCUCCUGUGGUUCGGUAUCUGGCUCGAGGUACUCUGGCUCACCCUCUGGGCUGCUCGUAUCGCCACCUCCGUUCUGCCGCCCAUUGUCGCCUUCGCUGCCGAUACCGUCGGAUCAACAAAUCACAAGAAAUGGCGGGAUAUCGGGCGCCAGCUCGAAUUCCCCACGGCCUUAUUUUUGUGGCUAUUGGCCGUCUUGGUGUCAUACCGGCCCAUCCUGAACCAUCGCGUUGUCGAUCCCGACGACGACAACAAGACACCCUACGUCACCUGGAUCGACGUCGUCUUCAAGGUCAUCAUUGCCUUGUUUGUCCUCGCGACGCUGAAUCUAGUGGAGAAGGUCCUCAUCAAGUGGAUCGCAACCUCCUUCCACCUGCGGACAUACUCUCACCGCAUCCGUGAGAACACGCUACACAUCGAGUAUCUCGUCACCUUAUACGCGUACGCCAAAACACGCCUUGAGGAACAGGAUCCGGUCUGGGACUCUCCGUCUAGCAGACGAGGUUCGGGCCAGUAUCCGUCACCGCUCAAGAACAUCCAGAACAACGCCCGCCAUGUCUGGAGCAAGGUCGGGAACGCCGCCAACCGCAUGGCCGGCGACUUUACCGGCCGCAAGUUUCUCAAGGGAAACCACCCCCGAAAGGUCGUGAUGGAGCUUCUCCGGAACUCGGAGUCGAGCUACACGCUCGCCCGCGUUUUCUAUCGGACAUUUGUCCAACCGGAGAAGUCGACUGUGGCGGUCGAGGAUCUGUUCCCGGCCUUCCCGGCCCAGGAGGAUGCCGAGGCGUGUUUUGGCGUUUUCGACAAGGAUCUGAACGGCGACGUCUCCAUGGAGGAGCUCGAGAUGGUGUGCAACGAGAUCCACUUGGAAAAGAAGGCUAUCGCGGCCUCGCUCAAGGACUUGGAUUCCGUCAUUAAGAAACUGGACGAGGUUUUCAUGUUCCUUAUCGUGGUCAUCGUCAUUAUUGUCUUUAUCAGCAUCAUUUCGAACUCGGCGGCUGCUGCCUUGACCUCGACGGGUACCGUGAUUCUGGGUUUGUCAUGGUUGCUGCAGGCCACCGCCCAGGAAUUCCUUCAGUCCAUCAUUUUCGUCUUUGUCAAACACCCCUUUGAUGUUGGCGAUCGUGUCACCAUCUACGGCAACACAGGCUCGAUGAUGAAGGGCGACGACUACUACGUCCUCGAGGUUUCGCUCCUGUACACCGAGUUCAAAAAAAUGGAAGGCCACGUGGUACAGGCCCCCAACUCUGUGUUGAACACACUCUUCAUCCUCAACCAGAGGCGCAGUCAGGGUCUAGCGGACCCGAUCAACUUGAAGCUCCGCUUCGGCACCUCCGAGGCACAGAUCGAGGAACUCAAAUCCCGGAUGCUAGAUUUCUGCCUCCAGAACAAGCGAGACUACGCGCCGCGUAUCAUCUCCGAGGUCCAGACCAUCGAUGAAGUCAGCAGCAUCACUAUGAACAUCAUUUUCUUCCACAAGAGCAACUACCAGAACGAGCUGCUCCGCCUGAACCGGCACAACAAGUUUGCCGUCGAGCUCAUGCACCAGAUGCACGACAUGGGUCUCGAGACGCCACACCUCGUCCAGCCCGGCGGCAUGCGGGACAUGCCGUUGUACUGGACUCAGGUCCAGCCGCCUCCGGGGUAUCAGGUCACCGCCCCCGCCCCCGCCCCCGCCCCCACCCAAGAUUCUUUCCCGCCGGCUUCCAGCCCAACCAUGCGUAGGCGAGCGAACAGCAGGGCGGCGGUUGUGGAAGCAGGCAUGGAUUUCCAGGAUAUCUAUCACAACAGGCGACCAGAUAGUAGCAUGACCCGGCUGGCUUCGAUUAGGCAGUCGCCGAGAGAGGAGGACGAGGAUAAAGUCACCAGUAUGGACGAGCAGCUGAACGAGAAGACGGAGAAGCGGCAGAGUUUGGAUAGCUCGUCUUCGCGGAGAGCGUGGAGGCCUAGGAGCCGGUCCACUAAUAGGGGGUCGAUGAGCAAUGUCGUGUGA